UCCCUGGAAACGGUGGCCCGCAGUCGCCGCGUUCCGUUACCCGCGCUUCUCUGCGCCCCGCCCCGCCCCUGGCGCCGAGCGCCGCGGCCCGGGUGCGGUAUGGAGGCGAAGGCGGCGUCCACGCCGGCUCCUGGCGGCGGCGCGUGCUCGGUGACGGCCGAGGAGACCGAAAAGUGGAUGGAGGAAGCGAUGCAAACGGCCAAGCAAGCCCUAGAAAGUACUGAAGUUCCUGUUGGCUGCCUUAUGGUCUACAACAAUGAAGUUGUGGGGAAGGGACGAAAUGAAGUUAAUCAAACCAAAAACGCUACUCGACAUGCAGAAAUGGUGGCCAUCGAUCAGGCCCUCGAUUGGUGUCAUCGAAGUGGCAAGAGUCCUUCUGAAGUAUUUGAACACACCGUGCUGUAUGUCACCGUGGAGCCGUGUAUUAUGUGUGCAGCGGCUCUCCGCCUGAUGAAAAUCCCGCUGGUUGUGUAUGGCUGUCAGAACGAACGGUUUGGCGGCUGUGGCUCCGUUCUAAAUAUCGCCUCUGCUGACCUACCGAAUACGGGGAGACCAUUUCAGUGCAUUCCUGGAUAUCGGGCCGAGGAAGCAGUGGAAAUGUUAAAGACCUUCUACAAACAGGAAAAUCCAAAUGCACCCAAAUCAAAAGUUCGGAAAAAGGAAUGUCAGAAACCUUGAACUUGUUCUGAUGAAAGGCUGAUCCCCCUCCAUGACAUUCUUGGACUGAAAGCUGUUGACAUCAUUGAAUCAUGUUUACAUAUGUCCUUAACUCCUGGGGAAAUCAUCUCUCACUAUUUGCUCUGUUGAGGGAACAAAUUAGCACUUUUUAAAAGUCUCCCAAUUAUAAACAAUGAUUAGCUUUUCCAUAAGCUUAAAGAACAUUUUAAGAAGGGGGAAAAAAAAUGAAGAUCGAGGUUUUAGAAAUUAGUAAGCAGCACGUAACCUUCUUGCCAAAAUCACUGUGCCUAGGCCAGGAAAGUGCUGUUUCAGUGAAUGUGCAUCCAGACCCAGUUAGCGGGCGUGUGUCCAGGCUGGAGUGCGCCACACCGUGGACACCUGCUUUAGGCCUGGCUUUUCAGAAUUGGAUCCUCUAUUCUUUGUAGCCACUCUGUUCUCCCAGGGGUUGAGGGCCCGUGACUUCCUUGGAAUUUGUAUAGGAGUUGUGUACAUCUAGACUAUGAAUGCGUGCUCCUCAGAACACGUUUUUGUUUGUUUGUUCGGUUUUGGUUUUUUUGUGUUUUUUUUGUUUUUAUAAAGCAGUUAGAGAAAAUGCAUUUUUUUUUUUAAAGAUUUUAUUUAUUUAUUUGAGAGAGAGAGAAUGAGAGAGAGCACAUGAGAGGGGGGAGAGUCAGAGGGAGAAGCAGACUCCCCGCUAAGCAGGGAGCCCGAUGUGGGACUCGAUCCCGGGGCUCCAGGAUCAUGACCUGAGCCGAAGGCAGUCGCUCAACCGACUGAGCCACCCAGGCGCCCCGAAAAUGCAUAUUUUUAAAACAAGUACUUGAGCAUCGUUUUUAAAUCAUAGCAUAUUGCUAUAAUAAAACCGUACUUAUGCUUUCUUUGAAGAUGAAGAUGAAUAUUUUCUUAAAAAUAAAAGAUAGAAGCAUAACUGAGACAAUUCCUUCUUUAUUAUUGAGCAGCUAUACUACGCCAGGCUCCAUUUGUUCAUCGAAUCCAUGAACAGAACAUGGUGCUGCUAUUCUAGCAGGGGGAGACAGAUACUACACCUUAUAGAUUAUAUAGUAUUUUAGAAGAUGCUAAGAAUUAUGGCAAUAAGAAAAAGAACAGGGAAAAGGGGAUGGAUGUGGCAUUUGGGGUUGGGACUGCCAGUGUUGCACAGUUAAAUACACUGGUUCAUUUAAUCUGAAAUCAAGUUGUUAUUUAUUUU